CACACACGCAGAUUUACAUAGAUCUAUGUAAAUGUGUUUUGUGGUGUCAUAAAAACAGUUUAUUCAAAGUAAGCAGGUUUUGCAGCUUAGUUGUCCAAAGUGUGGCACGCAGGCCAAGGUUGGCUUGUGAAGACAUUUGAUUUGGCCCUCCAGAACCCUAACCUCAUCACCUCAUCCAGUGAGAGAACAAACAUAUUUUUAUGUAACAUAUUAAAUUCAUUUUCCUUUUAAAUUAUAGUUUUAGAUUGUUUUAAUAAAAAAAAUAUUAUAAAAUAUGAAAAAAUACUAUUUUACCUUAGAACACCCUUCAUGUAUCCCUCCACCGUGAAUGGAUUAACAUAAAACGAUUCUAACACGUUUUAGACCAAAACUUUAUCACAGCACUACUGUAAAGCAAUAUCUCAGACAGGCACUGUAUUCAUAACAAUUUCAUGCAACGAGUUUCUGUGAGGAAACUUUUAGUGGCCUUAAACUGACUUUGUUGACAUGUUAACCAAUUCAUUAUGCAGAAAUUUCGAAAAAUCGGUGGAGUUCCCCUUCAAAUUGCUUGCCAUACAUUUUAGGCUGAAACAGCUUGCCGUACUUUCUUCCUUACACGGAGUGCACACAUGUAAAACAUGACCAAAAAAAGAAAAAUAACCAACACCAGUUUUAACGAAAGACGAGUCAGCAGCUAAAUCAACCCACACCUCCCAAGUGAUGCUAGCGGAGGAGCUCAUCACGCCUGCGCGCCGCUCACCGAAUGGGUGGGGCGGAGAGUUGAGUGAGCCGCGCUCCAGGCGGGCAGCAGCUUCAGUAUCUCUGUCGAACACGCUCGGAGGAAAACACCCAGACAGAGAGAGUUCACAGCUCGCAGAGUCCAUGCUGAGUCUGUGAGUAUGAAGUUCGCAAACGGAAAACGUGUAACGACGGCAAAUGGAGAGGAUUCACAGCUCUCAGCGAAGUUCAGGAACCCUUUUAUGCACGAGGUGCGACUCACUGCUCUCCAGAAAGUCAAGAUUGCAGUGAUGACGGUCACUCUUUUUCCAGUGCGAUUGCUCUUUGCUGCCUUUAUGAUGUUGCUGGCGUGGCCAUUUGCCUUCGUGGCCACCGUGGGCCGCUCAGAGGACGCAGUAGAGCCACUGUCUUGGUGGAGAUGGCUGGUGGACCUGGCCCUGAAGGCCAUCAUGAGGGCAAUGUGGUUUUGUGGAGGUUUCCAUUGGGUGCGGGUGAAAGGCAGACCAGCUCUACCCAGUGAAGCGCCCAUCCUAACACUGGCACCACACUCUUCAUACUUCGAUGCCAUCCCCGUGACAAUGACCAUGGCCUCCAUCGUGAUGAAGACAGAGAGCAAAGACAUUCCUGUCUGGGGAACGCUGAUAAAGUUUAUCCGGCCGGUGUUUGUGUCCCGCUCAGAUCAGGACUCUCGUAGGAAGACUGUUGAGGAGAUCAAACGCAGAGCUUUCUCUGCAGGAGAGUGGCCUCAGAUAAUGAUAUUUCCAGAGGGAACAUGCACCAACCGAUCCUGCCUCAUUGCAUUUAAGCCUGGUGCAUUUAUUCCAGGCGUUCCAGUCCAGCCGGUAGUCCUGCGCUAUCCUAAUGAAAUGGACACAAUCUCCUGGACAUGGCAGGGACCUGGAGCGUUUAAGAUUCUAUGGCUUACAUUGUGUCAGCUACAUAAUUCUAUAGAAAUAGAGUAUCUUCCAACAUACACUCCUUCAGAAGUGGAGAAGAGGGACCCGGCUCUGUUUGCCAGCAAUGUGAGGCGUAUCAUGGCCAAAGCUCUGCAGCUGCCUAUCAUCGACUACUCAUUUGAGGAUUGCCAGCUUGCAAUGGCCAAAGGCCCUCUGUGUCUGCCCAGCCACACCUGCCUGCUGGAAUUCUCCAGGCUGGUGCGUAGACUCGGGCUGAAGGUGGGAGUGACUGAACAAAUCCUUCAGGAGGAGAGCAGCAGAGCACGAAGACUUUGUGGACAAAAACUAAGCCUGGAAAGUUUUGCAAAAUAUGUAAACCUACCUGUGACAGAAGCAUUGCAGGACAUCUUUGCCCUCUUUGAGGAGCAUGGUCAGAUGGAUGUGAGGGAAUAUGUCAUUGCUCUAUCUGUGGUCUGCAGACCCUUCAGAUAUCUGGACACCAUUCAGCUGGCCUUCAGGAUGUUUGAGGCUGAAGAGGACGGGGCUGUAGUGGAAGAUGAAUUGGCUGUCAUUCUGAAAACAGCUCUUGGAGUGGCAGACCUCACUGUGUGUAAUGUCUUCAGAGCUGUUGAUACUGAAGACAAAGGAAAGAUCACAUGUGAUGAUUUUCGCCAGUUUAUGGAGAGAUGUCCGAACUUCAUGGAGCUUUACCGCUGUUUCCGUCACCUGGCCACUCUCACCUGUUCUGAACCGCCAGAACCCAUAACAACCAACAGCUUCUGUUCUGACUUCAGCCUUCAGGAACAAACCACAUCCAAGAACUCAAACAGCAAGAAGCACGACUGAGAGCAUCUCUGAUGAUGUGUGUGUGCCUGAAUGCAUGUAUAUAGCAGAGUGUAAGUAUAAGUAAGAGAAUGAUUGAGAAUUGAAUUUUGCACUUUGCAGGAUUUUGGUGAUCUAUCCAUUCCUUUAAACUUUUUUCCCCUCAACAAUUUUGGGUUACACUGUACUCACAGAUCUUCAGAAAGAUGUUUAGGUUUUUUAGUAACAUUUUAAUUUGUGCAUUGUUUUUUAAUUGAGAUAAAUAAUCUAUUUAUUCCAGGUUUUCUCUACAAAGAUUCAUUUUGUCUGUAAUUUCAGACUGAUUUUAGUACAGGUGCAUCAAAAACCAAAAGUAUAUGCUUGUGUUCUUUAAAGUGGAAGUUCU